AUGUCAGAACCUGGUAAGUUUAGUAGUCUUCACGGUAGGGAUGUGGAAUUAGUGCCAGUUGAACGUCGAGCUCCCAUCUACCACCGAAAUGCCGCCAAGAAAGCAAUAUCUAACAUAGCAAAAGCUGAUGAAACCGGAGGGGGAGGCGGACCGAGAAGGUCUUCAAGAGCUACUAAAGGAAAGAAUUCCAGACUUGAAGAGCGCGAUAAGCUAGAAGAAGAAGCCAAGAAAAUCAAGGCUGAAAAAGAGAAAAAACGAGUUGAAAAAGAAGAGAAGAAAAAAUUGGAAGAUGAAAAGAAGAAGGAUAGCAAAUCCCAAGCUACUGCUACUGCUACUGCCAAUAAAGUUAAUAAUUCAGACAGCAGCGAAGCAAUUCCGAAAAAGAAAAGAGGACGCAAGAAGAAAGACAGCGAGAGAGAAACUGAUGAAAAUGAUGGCGAAGUCAACUGUAUUUGUGGAGCCACUUCGGUUGAUGACGAUGAUGACCGCGUCAUGGCAGAAUGCGAAAAGUGUUUAAAAUGGCAACACGUAGUUUGCAUGUUUGGAUUUGAAGACGAGCGGGUUGUACCAGAGAAAUAUCAAUGUCAUGUUUGUGAUCCAUCAAGUUAUGAAGAAUUACUGAACAAGCCUAAGCAAGAAGAGGAGGAAAAGUCAGAGGAGAAUUCUGAGAAGCAAGAGCCCAUCAAAGCUGAAUCAAAAGAGAUCAGAAAGAGAAAAUCUGGAAGUUUAGGAGCUACUGAUAAUGACAGAGAAACUGAGAUUAAACAGGAAAAGUCAAAGAAGCGGAAGACCAGUCUGACAGACACCACAGGGCCAAUUAUCGCUCAAGUCGACGAGUCAACUAAAGUGGCAUCUGUUUUAGAGCCAAAAAAUGGGUCAUUUAAUGAAUCACCUAAUAAGCAGACUUCUUCCAGUGAGGAUGCCACUAAUACUGCCGUCAGCGAGCCAGUCAGUUCAGCAGUGGAUGCGACGCCAUCACCAACCUCGGGUAAUACUGAUCAAGCAACUAGACCAUCAAUUACUACCGAUAAAAACAAGGACUCAAGUUCAUUUGUAGAUCUUGGCACCAAAAAAAUUGCUGACUUGCAAGACAAAGUACGCCGGUCAGUUGCAACUGCAUUAUGUGGCAUCUUUAAGAAUAAUAUUCUGCCAGAGGCUGUUAAGAAGGGGGUGAUUGAUUCCUCUUCGAAUAUUGACGGACUUGCGGAAAAAUUCAGCGUUGAAAUCGAGGAAUCACUUUACGAACACCUUGCAAUGAAACCUUCAGGUUCAUCUAAACCUAAGGAUGUGGGUCCGAAAUACAGAGACAAGUUCCGUACUUUAUCGUUCAACCUCAAAGACGACAAAAAUCCAGAAUUUAGAUUACGAAUUGCAACAGGACAACUGACCGCAGAACAACUUGUCACUCUAACUAACGAGGAGAUGUUGAAUCCUGAGCUACAGAAGUUGGCUGAAAGUGUCCGUAAAGAGAGCAUUAGAGAGUCAGUUUUAAAAGUAGACACAGCACCUAGACUACGAAAGACGCACAAAGGAGAAGAACUAGUGGGAGGGGACGAAGCUUUGGAUUUGCAACAAGUGAAAGAGGAUGCAUACGAACGAGAUGAUGACAAGGGCAAUGCCAAUAACCGAGAAAUGCUGUUAAAUGCAGAAACUUUCCGAUCAGAGCGAAGCCAAUCAGUAGAAAGGGAUUACGAUUCAGGUGGUAAUAUGGAUGUGGUUUCAUACUCACCACCCGGUUCUCCAGAAAAUGAAGAAUACGACAUUGAUGAUGACGAUUUCAAUCUAAGUAACAUUGAGGAACAGGGCAAAGAAAAAGAGAAACAAAUGGAAAAGCCAAAUGACCAAGCUGACCAUUUAGCUAGUAGUAAUAAUAAUAACAUAAAUAGUGAUAUAACUGGUCCUCCUCUAAUUUGGACAGGUCAUGUUACUAUGCCAGGAGUUGCCCAAUUUCCCGGGUCGGCAACUCACAUUGCUGGUGGGGGCAAUUUUGACCCUACUAGCAACUGGAAUCAAGUGUUUAAUUUGGAUGCUCCCAUAGUGAUUGAUGGACGACUGGAUGAUACUAAGGCUAUUCCCUACUUACGCAAUGUUCGACAUUCAAAGGACAUAGUUGCUUUCGUACUGAAAUCAGAUGAGAUUAGUAAUCCAGGGCAACCUAAUGCUGGAGACGAACUCUUUGAUUACUUCCAUUCUCGACACAAAUAUGGCGUUAUUAAGCACCGUCAUAAAAUCGUAAAGGAUGCUUACAUUGUUACAGUAGGAGCAAAUGACGAGAUACCGGACUAUCUCACACUAUCAGGGGAACAACUGGGAUAUCUACGACACUUGCAAGCUACGACUGGCAAUGUUAUUUUGGGAGUUUUUGUGGUACAACCGUUCAAAGCUGGAGUUCGACAGUCGACGACUCCACCAGCAGUAACAGCUGUUUCAACAUCAACACCACCUGCUACCAGUGCACCACUUUCGACUUCGGAAUUCUCGUUACUUCAAGGAAUUCUAGCAGGUAACAAUGGUAGCGCGAGUCAGAGCACGAGUGGACUCCCUUCAAACCCCCAGUCACUGCUCGACUUACUACAGCAGACCACGGGCUCCAACUCGAAGUCCAAUGUAUAA